CGCGGCGAAACGUCAUCGCGUGGCGCGUGCACGCUUCGCGUGAGGUUAUGUUAAACUAUGUUUAUCACCCUGCGGAUAUACGCGAGUGUCGCGAAAAACACAACAAUGUGACCUUUGGCCGAACGAACGCGCAAUUUAUUUCCCCGGUCGUGUACGGUGCAAUGUCCCGCGCUGCACGCGCGUCGCGAUGAUUUAGUUUCGAUCCAACAUGUUGAUGACCUGCUGGCGAGUUCGAUGGUUUUAGUAAUAAUGAUAGACUGAUAGAACGUGUGGGCAAAAAAUUUAUCAUGGCCAGCGCGAGGAACGAGGAUAGAACUGUGUUAGAAGCAGAGACUAUCUUCCUGUUAAUGAAGAAAGGCUUUCCCAUCUCUCGCAAUGUGAGAGCUCAAUGGCUACUGGAGCAUUUGGAUUCUGUGAUAAGUAUACAAUGUCCGAGUAUAAAGAGUAAGGAGGAACCAGAACUGGAAGUAGUGUCAGUGCUGCCGAAGGAUAAGCCUGUCUCAUGGUCUAUAGAUACAAGCUACCAAUUCCUUUAUAAAGUUGUUUCGACGACAUCGAUUAUAUUCCUAGCGCAUAAAUAUAGGAUGGUCUUUAGCUUAGAUUUAAGUCCAUCACUUGCCACUGUUGAUGUACAAAGUGGAGAGAUUGUCAUUGAUGAGGUGUACCUGGCAACAAAACGGUGUCUUGAGGGCAUAACCAGACCCUUUACGAUACCAGGCAGCAGACGUAUGAUGCAGCCUGAAAUUUAUGUGACUGUGAUAGCUCAUACGCCGUUCUUUACAAGUCCGGCGCAACAAGUACUAGUACAAGGAUGGUUGAUCACUGCGGAUAACGUGAACUCUCUGACACAAUAUAUAGAGAAACAGUUGUACCUGUUAGAGGAGAGAGUAGCGGCAGUCACAGCCAUAGCUAAUCAGCAGUUAGAAAAUUUAAGAGCGGAGAGCGAGCGUUUGGUAGGCAGGCUUUUUGAGGAAAGUAGCAACUGCUUGAACAAAAAUAACUGUAAUAUCUCCAUAGUUUCGCCAGAAGCCAGUUUUGUAAAUAUGUUAAGAUAUGGAAUGCUGGCUCUGACACUUUUACCUGAACACAGCUGUGCGCAUAUGGUAAUUGUUACGGAUGGUAUCGUCGGAAUUAAAAAUGCUCACACUUUGGAUUCUAUCAUACAGCAAUUACGAGCGACAACAGUCGCGUGUAGUUUUUUGCGUGUAGGCAGUGCGUAUGAUCCACAUUGCGCAGAUGGUUUAGUAUCAUAUCAAGAUCUGCUGUAUUUUAUCGCCGCGGCUACGCUCGGUAGUUAUAUGUCCUUCAAUUCAUAUAUGAUACCUGAGCAUGGAACAGAUAUGAAUCUUUAUCAUAAACAUUUUUUAUGCUGGCAAUUGUACCGAGACUUAUCGAACGAUGAUACAUGGGAUCGUCUCUGCUGGAGAACUGAAAAUAAUUACUUUCAUGAGUAUAAAAGUGGUCAACUCUUGAAGAAAAAGCAAAUUGACGACAAAGUUACUUGUACCUUAAGCAGUCUGCUGUGUUGUCGUCUGAGAGAAGGCUACUUGAUAAAAAAAGCUAGUAUACGAGACGACAUUCUUGAAAUAAGUUUCGUGCUAUUAUGGAAAACCAAUGUUUUCUUAGAAUAUUUAGUAUCAUGUCCUUGGUCUUCAAAAUCAUUAUCUCUAUCUAAUGUGAUACAAUAUACCAUUACCAUAGAAGCGCCAUAUGAAUUUUUACAUGACAUUACAUGCCUCUCAAAGAAACCAUUGAACUCGCCUUAUCGUCAAGGUGUCAUCUCUCGUUUUUGGACGGCGUUAACAUCAUUAACCGAAAGUGACAAUAUGUUGGCGCACUUUAGCUGGUUUCCAGGCUCUGGAUGGACUUGGUACAGUGUACCAGACACCAUCAGAAGCGGAAUGCCUGUGUUUUAUUUGUCGUCCUAUCCAUCACCAAGUACAGUACAACUUAGUGAUGCUGCCUGCCCACAAUUUGGACAAAUAUGGCAACCAGUUGUCUCUUUGGAUCCACUUCAGUGGGCACGUUGGAUGCACACGCAGAGGAUCACAUUGAUCCUAGCUUACGAUAGACCAUUACCAAGGCAUCUUCAUCAAGCAAACCAAAGCGGUCGUUUUCAAUGUGUUCAGAGCCGACAAGCGGCGGCCGUACUGUAUGCUAUGUUGAAAAAUUGGGCGACUUUUGUACUAGUCGAGAAUCAUACGUACGUCCAAUUCAUAUACAGAGAGGCGGAAAAGCCGCCGGUAUCAUUCUCAUUGAUUCGCAUUAAUUGCAAAGCGCUCUGCGUCGUACUGAAUAUAGCGUUUGCCGGUGGCACCGAAGGUGUCGUUCGCCAUAAUGUAGUUGUAGAUCUCGUGGAUAGAUUAUCUAAACUCACUUUGCCAAAUAGGCCGACGGAGCAACGUGAGAUUCCAUGUUGUACAAUAAUACAUAAAUCACUCGAGCGAAUUCUCGUAAGAUACGAGCGUAUACCGAGCAAUCUUAGUAUGGUGGUGUUUCCUGAUGGAACUCAGCCAACCUGCACCAGGACCGCAUUGGGAUUAUUAGGAGGUAGUAUAACAACUACCUUGUCUAGAUAUUUAUAUCACAAUCGUUGGUUGUGGCACGUAAAACGGCCGUUCGUUCAGACCAUCCCAGGAAUUACAUUAUCCAGACUUAAUAUUACUGCGAUCGCAAGAAUACUCUCUACAAUUACAAAAAUACGUCUAGGAGAGGGUUUUAAUUUCGCGUAUUCGGCAGCUGGUAUCACAAACAUGGUGUUAGAAGUACAAAUGCAAGACUUCGGAAAUGAUGAGAAUUCUUAUCCGUGUAUUAUUCAAUACGUUUUGUUUCCGCCACAUGUUGUGCCAAAUGCAGCAUUAGAACGCGAUAGUGGUACCGAUGAAGACACAGAAGAAGGUAUCACUGAAGCGGAAGUGUGGACUGAAGAUUCUGAAGGAUACAGCGAUUUUCAAAUUGUUACGGAAGUUUGGAUUGAACCACAAUGCGGCUAUGUACAAAUGCCUACGCAGUCGAUUGCUAUGUACAUGCAUCCUCUGCAGUAUUAUCAACUACCAGAUGCAAUUGCCCGAAUAGACGAGGAGUGUAUUAACGCUCUAUUGACCCUAGAAUACUUGAGUCUCUUGUGCCAAGUAACACCAGUGGAAAAAGAUACCGAGAUUGUGUUCGGACAAGCGCAUCAAGGAAUCAAAUAUCAUGGUGUGGGCACGUCUACAGAUCGUAUUGCAGAAUAUCCAAAUCCAACUGAGCCCUUCGAGGCGACGCCGAUUAUUGACGAGAGGAUACAUCCUAUGUACUUUUCGUUCGAUACUCUGAGCAUUUUAUCAAAAUGUCAGCAGGCGGAACUCCUGUUCUCUAUGUUUGCCGAUGAUCCUGUACGUGUCAAUGAAGAUAGGGAUAGUGCAAAUAGGAUUCUUAUGGGAAACUUCCUGGAACAUAUGAAACAAUUGCACAAUAAAGAACUAUUGCUUACGUCGGCGGAAUCGCAAAGGUUCACUAGAAUGCUUCUUAACAGACCACGCGAGAAUAUUCCACCGUUACCUUUCUUUAUGCAAAGAGAGAAAAAUUGUAGAGAUGACACAUCAGACAUUUAUCCGAGGUGGAAAUGUUUCGUUAAAGGAAUUAGCACGACACACGUCAUUAUCACAAUAUUACCAGCAACUGAAAAAGAUGUUCGCCUGAUAAUGUACACAGGCGAUAAUUACACAAGUAACAAUUCCGAGAAGAAUUGCGAUUCUGAUAUUUUCGACCUAGAUAUGAAUGAAAAGGUAUCGUCUCCAACAUUGUGUCCAGAAAACUUACCUGACUUUAUGACAUUGGAACGCAGGGAGUCAAAAAUUUCUAGUCAAUCUAUCACUGCGAAUAGCACGUCGAAAGCUAAUGUAGAUCAUAAUUUUGAUAACGCCGACAAUGAGGGGAGCCUUAUUAUACCUGUAUACGUAUAUGAUUGCUCAUUAGCAUUAUUAAUUGAUGCGUUGGUCGGUCAAUUGCAAACACCUCAGAAUAAAGAUAUUUAUCAGGAUCAUACCUUUAAGAUCGGAGAGCAAAUUUCCGAGGAUUUUAUAAGUUUGAAAUCAGAAAGCAACACAAAACCUUCAUCCCCGGAACCGAAGAGCGAAGAUUCUGACAAUAUUUCUAGCGAUCAACGAAGUUUGAUGGAACAUUGCAAAUUGUUAAGCUUAGCGCAUUGUCAUUGUUAUGUGGUCGCAGUUUAUAAGUCACUUGCAUUGCAACAGUCAUUAAGCUACGAGGAUAUGGAAGCAGCUGUAGCACAAUGCGAGGAAAAUCUGAUUGAGAUUAAUAUUACAAAUUAUUUACGAUCGGUGUGCAGACAUUUGAGCAUGUUGCCAAAAGGUGAUCUGUUGAAUCAAUUAAAAAUCUCCGCGUGCAACGAUGUUAAACCAUUACACAGUUUGAUCAAAAAUAAAUUUAAGAGGAUUAUGGCAGUCGCGUUUAGGCCUGUACCCGCGCAUCCAGAAUUUUAUUACUGUUUGCCAUCGUGGAUGUCAGAAAAAAUGGAAGUGGUGUCACAGAGAACAGAUAGCGACGACGAUUUAGACGAGUUUACUUGUCAUUCUGAAAUGCCAGCUCCAAAAACAGAUAAUUCUUCUAAUCAAGUAAGUCAAGCUGUCAAUAUUACAUGGCCGGUUACAAAUUUACAUAAUGAGAAGCUGUCUAAUUCCAACUCCAAGGACUCGCUUAUCAGCGAUUUUGAUGAAGAAAAUACAUGGAAUACGAAAGAUCAGCCGCUUUUCCUACACUUAAGCUGCUCGAUUCGUUUCCGCUCCGAACUUUCCAGUAUACCUGUUAAACUGAUGCCUACUUGCUUUACCGAGAUUAUUCAAAGGAUUAAUGAUGGCAAAGAAAGAAAUCUUGCUGAAUUAAGCCUGGAUGAUCUGAAAGUUACUUUGGAUAUUAUUUGUUUGAACCUUCCAAGAGAAGUAUUGGAAGUAUCAUUAGAACGUUAUCCCUCGUUGAGAACGACAUCUUACUGCAGCGCUUCGACAUUUGGUAGUAUGCCGAGCGGUAGCAGUCCCGGUACAAAUACGAAGUCUGAAUUAGCGCAGGAAAGAAUUCAACCGCAAUUGCCUCAGCAUCACGCGGUAAUCAGCUUAAGGGAUGAGAUCGAGUGGUUAUUGCGAGACGAAACUGCGACAGCAUUUCUGGAUCACCCUUCGCCGAAUGCAGAUACGUUAAAGUUUAUAGCGCAGCACGUAUCAGAAUCUACCGGAAGAUCCAGUUGCUUGAUGGAUAAAGUACCUUUACAUUUUGUCUUCCCCUCGGAGAGCAGCGCGCCAAAAUUUUUAAAAGAGUUAAAAAAUCUUGAGAUUGACAAGUACUGUAUUUGUCAAGAGGCCGAUUUAUUUUACUUCGUUAAAAAACUAGAAACAAUAGUAUGUGAUAUGGAAGCGGAUACAAUACACGUAGAUAUAGAGGAACAACCAUCAAAGAACGACGAGAACGUUGAAAAUGUAGAGGAAGAAGAAAUAUCUAAUACUAUUAUUCAAAUAAAUGGACAAGAUUCUGGAGAUGCGCCAGGCUAUUACUCUGAAAUAUCAAGUCUUGCCGAAGGGAAACACGGGACGGAUGACGGAUAUGAAGGCGAUAGCAGUAAUUCUGAGGAUGAUUAUCAGUGGUUGACAGAUCUUGAUAAACGUAGAGAUUGUUUACCCAAUUUCUGGUUAAUCAUGAGCGUUGAAAGUAGUCAUGUUAAUGUCUAUUUUCACUGCAGAUUUUUGGAACUGUCUUCGCCAGAAGUGGGUUGUUAUUUGCAAAUACAGAAGAUGCUACUUGUUCAAAUUAAAGCUAUAUGUCGGCGAGUAAAUCAAUAUUUACUGUUACAAAAUCUGCAUGAUACUCGCAUAUGCGAUUCACUAUUGGAACCAGAAUCCACCGAAGAUUAUAAUACCUGGAAAGAAACUGGUGGUGAAUCAGGAAAUAUUUUUCAAAAUCAUAGUUCGUCAACCUUGAAUGUUACACCAGGUAUGUUUAGAUGCCCUGUUAUUUGGGAGGAGCCCUUCAAUCUACAUCCCCGCUUAAAGACCGGACCCGGAAGAUCUGGAUUGUCGAGAGGAAUCAAAGCGUUACACGGUGUGCUUAAUAGACUUUCGGUUAAUAAUCGAAAUAAUAUGUUCGUAUACCAAGAAAAUAAUGAGAAUGUAUUUUAUCUGCGGCUUCAUGAACAAACGAACGAUGUUAAACCUUUGCAGAACAAAUUGUCCGAGAGCGAUGAGAAAUUAGUUGUUUCGCGCAGCAACAGCGUCGCGUCUCUAUCGCAAGCUAAAGGCAUCGGGCAGAUGAACGAUCAUGUGAUAGCGAACGACACGAGACCUAGAGUUCGUUCGUUUGGCGAAAAAGAAUCCGAUAUUUUGAACAGAACUGGCGAUUCGAUUGUACUGAUGGUACAUGGGAUAUCGGAAGCCGGUCCGGAAGUCAAACGGGAUUUAGUGCAAGUGUUGCAAAAUCGUCUGGAUGAUGCGGUGCUAGAAGUGUUGUCUGUAAUGUUGUCACGUAAUCCAAUGUGUAAGCUGACACCAGCGGAUGUGCAUUUCAUACAAAAACCAUACAAAUCUCCUGAGUGUAUAGUGCAAUUAUCGGUGCAGCCACAUUGCUUACAGUAUAUGAAUGCCUUAGGAUAUUACUUACGACAAAAUAUAUUGCAAUUUUUGUAUACACCGAAAUAUACGGACCUCGGCGCGCACUAUCAUUUUCAAGAUUACACCCCAUUAGAUGGUACCAGAAAGAGAGUAUCAGAAUCUGACAUUUUCUUGUACAAUCAAAGCCACUCGAGUGGUAAUAAAGGUAUAGCUUGCAUCGCGUUAGCUAUCACUGAUAGCAAAGGAGAAUCUUCAGCAUAUUCAAGAGAUUCAAAUGACAAAUCAAACUUUCCUAAAUUGUUGACAGUUGAGAAUUUCGAGAGCAUCGUCUCAACCAAUGUUUAUGAUCAUAAAAGUGAUUCUAAACCAAGUGCGCAGACAUUGAUCGAAUUUCGAAUUUGGAAGCAAGGUAGAGUCAACCUGGAAUCUUUAAUUUUGAAAUUGUCAUCUGCCGUGAAACAUGGUACUUGGGACCUGGUCACGGAGUAUAAUCUUCUAGCGACUCCCUUAACGGAGCCAAUAGUUAUUAAUCCUUUAGCAACGACAGGUGAAGAAGUUUUAGUAGAAGACAAAGACGUUCAGACACCCGUAAAGAUAUCACAGUCACAAAAAAUUUCUGACAAUUUAACAAUUAAUCAAUAUGAGCUCGACGAGAAAGGAAAAUUGAAUGAAACUUAUCACACUACGCUAGCACGCUGGUUUCAGUUUGCGCUAGAAAUGAAUGUUCCCGCCGUCAAAAAACACGAGGUGAUCAUUCACCAUAGGCAUGCGAUUCCCGUAAUCGUGAGAGAAUUGCAAAAUCUCAUACGUAAUCAGGAUCCAGACACAUCUAGUAAAGUUUUCGUUUUGCAAGAUCGACAACCAUUCCUAAAUCAAUUUGUCGUUUCAUAUAAAGCUGGAUCUGCGCCAAAGUGGUCUGAUAGUAUUCGGAACAAUUCCGAUCAAUCUUUGGCAGAAAAUGCGAUGGAAAACGCAAAUUCGCCUGUAUAUGUGCCGCAUGAGUUUAAUAAAGAUGAACAAACUACUUACAUUAAAUGUAUUUUAAUCGCGAGGAAUUUUCAUCAAUGGAAAGCGUCUUUGAGUAAAGAAAUAGAUCCGGAACUGCUUGCUCCUAAAGAUCAAAAGCAAUUGCAAAAAUUUAAUCCCCUAAUAUCGGAAUCGAAUUUUGUACCUAGGCAGAGGAUAUUGUUAGCUGAAAUAUUAAGUGACAAUAUAAUCAUUUAUAUGUACAACUGGUCUAAGGAAAAAUCAGAAAAAUUGAUCAAACAAACGAUAAGUUUAGGUACAUGGCUUUCCUCUAGAUCGAGUCUGUAUACCAGCAUAAUCAUGCAAAAAUUGGGUAUAUUCCAUCACAAGCUCACCCGAGAACCUCAGCAAAGAGAGCACAGUUCUCAAUAUUAUCAAAUUAAUGAUAUGGAAAGUCUAGCGAAAUUUCCAAAUCAAUUGAAUACCGAUAGUAAGGACUGGACGCGAUCGAGCAAUCGAGCGCAAUCGAUGAAGAAUAACGCAUUUUCAUGGGUUCAAGUGGUCGGUCAGGCGAUGCGUGAUGCAAAAUCAAGUGCCACGCAUCCUCAUAAUACGACAGACGCAAUCGUAAAAGCCGCUUAUGAUUUGCAGGAUCUGCGACAUCGUGAAAAGAAAAUCAAAGAGGACCUGGACAAACUGUAUGCGAUGUGGCAGAGCCGCACAUCCAACAUACCGAUUUCGCUGAACGCUUUGAACACGUUCAAGCAACACUCACGUUUAAUACAUUUCUGCCACACGCCCCUUCUCUUUUUGCCGGCUUGGCGUUUACAGUGCGCCGCCACGAGGGAUCAUUCGUUAACGCCUCCACAGUCAUCUCACUUUGGCUUGAACAGUAACGAACAGUCGUCGCAAGCAGUGCAAUCGAAACAGGAAGCGACGAGCGCGAUUAUGAUUAAGUGGCAUCAAGAGCUCUGCAAGUCAAUGUUGUCCGAAUAUAAGCAAUACCUACAAAUUCUGGGCUUCAAUCCGAUCCAAGUGGAGCCACUGCAUAAAACAGACGAGCACGCGCAACAGCAGUCUUAUUAUCUCAAGAAAUCGAUGCUGGGAGGUAUUUUGCUGUUUGAAGUUCACUUGUCGCAACCUUUUUUCAUCGUAAAGUUACAUAUCAUUGAAUGCAAUCGCUUGCAGACAAAGACGAGUAGUGGUAUGAUGAACCAGUUUGUUCUGAGCUUUGUCGACGUUUGUGACAAGAUUCAAAUCAACAUGCAUCUGCAUUCGUUCACAUAUGAUUUUCAUUUGCGUUGUAUUCUGUCUUACAUCGCUGGAACUGGAUUAUGGUCCUUGCAACAAGGCUACCACCUCACUCACUUUAUGGAUGAUUUCAUCAAAUACUACAGCAAGGCACCAAAUUAUGCCAGAAAUCUAAUAUACAGCGACAUAAUAACGAUACGCGACAUAGCGAUACCCGCACGCACAUUAUAUUCCUAUUUGCUUUCACACGAGAAAGUAUAUAAUAUGCGUGUGUUCGUAAUGUCCGGUGAACUUCAGGAAUCUCAUGAUAACGAAUAUGUCUUAAUUAAAUUGCAAAGUACUCCCUCGGUUAGUUAUUGCGAUGCCCACGAUACGAAGUGUAUAGAUGACUUCGACGUAGCGUUGAUCGUGUCGCGCAUGGAACAAUUGCCGCAAAUCGAGAAGACCGAAAUCACUUUAAAAUAUUAUCUAAUGUUGACGAGCAAGAGAGAAUUAUAUCCAAAAAGAGAGGUAGAGAAUAACAAGCUGGGCAAGUUUAGAACCGUAUAUAGCGUUGGAAAGCCCGUCACCAGUUCUCAUACAGAGAGCCCGGUGAAGUCUAGUUCUGUCUCACCUACACCACCGUUUGUGAGAGGCAAUUCCAAGACGGAAAUGUUAAACGCCGAUCAACAGGAAAAGAGUCUCGAUUCCUCAAGCGAUGUGAUCACUAAAGAUCUCGGUGUCAAAACGGCGAGUUAUAACGUUCAUAAUAGUUCGGCCCCAACGCCUCCACCGGUUCCAAACUCCCCUCUAGCACAAAAUUCCAACAUCCCGAGCGCAGUCUCAAAUGCAUCAUCCUCAUCGUCGCCACACUUGGUGCAGAUUCGCCAGGAAUCGGUGAACUAUCUCGGAUAUUACUCGUCGCACGAGCAGCUCAUGCAACAGAUGAUCAUGGCUCAAGCAAAAGCUGCUCGUCAACAUAUAACAAACAUGGUGGAGCGCGGCGCGUUGCAGUGCCGAACGCAUUUACUUUGGGAUAAACUACUGGAGAACAAGACUUCGAUGACGUACAUUGAGUUCAAAGAACUUUGCUCGUUAGCGCACAUCGAACCUCUUUCGAACUUGGAUCCUAGGCUCGGUCCGCUUGUUAACCAGCCAGUUUCGUGGUAUCAAACAUUGUCCAAAGUGUUACAAAAUAAAUACCAGGAGCAUCACAAGCAAUUUAUUACCACUGACGGGAAUAUCACCCAUCAUCUUAUACUACAUCCGACUCUUCUUCAAGCAUUCAUGAUGUUGACUAUCGAUAUGCACACAUCGAGAGGAGAUUUAUGCGCCGUUUAUCGGAAAUCCACGGAGAUUAACAUGCCGAUGAACAUGGAAGAUGUCUAUGCUUUAGUCGAAGGUUUCGUUAAUGCUUGUUGCUUCCACUUAUGGAUGGGCCUUUGCAGCCAGUGAUAACAUUCCGGACGUGCAAUGGCAUAUUGCUUGUAAAAAUUUUGACGUACUUACAAAAAUUGUUAUAUGCAGUGUUGUAUCUAGAACUAUCUUGUGAACGUCGCGAAUCACAGUGCUAUAAUUGCUAAUAUGGAUAUUACACUUAUACGACUUUGUAAAUAUGAAAUAUAUAUUUUCAUGUUACAUACAUUAA